AUGUUGUUCACGUUCAGGUGCAUGUCAUGCUCAUCCAUCGGUCUGUACACCACAUUUGUUUCUCCAUUUUUAGCCGAAAUUGCUCCAGAUAACAAGAAGUACUUCUUUGGCUUCAUCAAUCAGAUUGCUAAUGCCAUUGGUUUCCUCACCGUUACAAUCAUUGGCGCUCAACUCAAUAACUUCAGAAAAGUUGCGUUCAUUUGCUCAGUUCCAAACAUUGUUCUCUGCAUUGGUAUUCUUUUCAUCCCCGAAAAGCCACAAUCAACACAGAGAGCAACAGUCUGCGCAACAUGCAAGUACCACAAAGAGCUAUUCAUUGCUUUCUUGUUCAUGUUCUUCCUCCAAUUCUCUGGAAUUCAGCCAGUUAUGUCAAACUUAGGCGAAAUAUUAAACAGAGCCAAUUUGGGAGACAAAGGACACAAGAUGGGCAUCUAUGCAACAGCAACUCAGCUUGUAACAACAUUAAUCUUUGCUUUCAUUGUUGAUAAAGUCGGAAACUUCAUCAUGUGGGAGAUUUCGGCUGCAGGUGAAAUGAUUGCCUUCGUUUUGAUGUGCUGCCAUCAGAAACUCAAUCUUCCAACAUGGGUUUUCCUUUUGGGAUUGUUCUUACAUAUGUUAUCAUAUGGUAUGGGCAAUGGACCAAUCCCAUUUGCUAGAGCAACGGUUCUUUUAGAGCCACAAUUCAGAUCAACAGCAAUGGCCAUCAUCGUCGCUAUCAACUGGGCUUUGACUGCAGGAAUUAACGCAAUCUGGCCAACAUUACAAGAGAAGAUGUCCCUCGGUUUCGCUUUCUUAUUCUUCGCUUGCAUAAUGGUUCUCUCUUUGAUUUUCGGUUUCAUUGUUGUCAGAAAUCUCGAUUUGAGAGAUAAGGCUGUCUUAGACAAUGAAAGUGAAGAAGAAAGUAAGAAAGAGGGAAAGAUGGACGAUGUUUCAUCUGACGAUCCCUUGUGA